AUGAAUUAAUAGGCAGAAAAACUACGUCUUUAUGCCCAAGAAAAUGUGGUGUUUCUACUCUAGAAAUUGAUGGAGGAUAUUCUGGCCUAAUAGCCGAAAAAUGUGAUUGAUUGGUCUAUAGCAUGGUUGGAUAAAUAAGGAAGGGAUAUUGUUAAAUCAAGAUAGAAAAAAAAUGCGCUUUCAUCCUCCUCUGAUGAAGAAGUAAUAGAAUUGCCUAAAAGACCUGCUGCUGCUAGGAAAUAAAGAGCCUCUAUUUCAGCUGAAGCCUAUGGAUAAUACAAUAGAAAGGAGUCAUUUUAACCUAGAGUGAUUGUCAAGACUCAACAAUAGAAGGAGAAAAUAGGGAAAAGACUAGAGCAAUCAUUCAUGUUUGCAUCACUUGACUAAAGAGAAAAAGACAUCGUAAUUGAUGCAAUGGAAGAACGUAGUUAUAAUGCAGAGGAUUGGGUCAUCCAAUAAGGUGACAACGGUGAUAAUUUAUAUGUUGUCGAUUAAGGGGAGCUUAAUUGUUAUAAGAGAUUUACAAAAGAUGGGGAAAACAAAUUUUUAAAAGUUUAUUAUCCCGGAGAAUCAUUUGGAGAGUUGGCCUUAUUGUAUAAUGCACCCAGAGCUGCUUCAAUUCAGUGUAAAACAAAUUCGAUCUUAUUUGCGUUGGACAGAUAAACAUUUAAUCAUAUUGUUAAGGAUGCAGCAAUGAGAAAGAGGGAAAAAUAUGUAAAUGUCCUUAAGCAAAUCGAAUUGCUUUCAAUGAUGGAUCCUUAUGAAAGGUCUCAUGUUGCAGAUGCAAUUAGAAGUGCCAAUUUCUAAAACGGAGAUUAUGUCAUUAGGGAAGGAGAAUAAGGAGAUAUAUUUUAUAUGAUAGAGGACGGAGAUUUGAUUGCCACUAAAACACUGGUUCAGGGAUAAGAGCCAGUUAAAGUCUUUCAAUAUAAAACAGGUGAUUAUUUUGGAGAAUUAGCCUUACUCAAGGACAUUCCAAGAUAAGCCAAUAUUGUUGCAUAAACAGAAGUCAAAUUGAUAUACUUGGACAGACAUAGUUUCAAAAGAAUGUUAGGACCUCUAGAAGAUAUAUUAAAAAGAAACACUGAGAAAUAUCAAAAAUAUGAGUAAUAUUGGAUCAACUAAGGUUAAUGAAAAAUAGAUAUAUUAUUUAAAUUUUUCUC